AUGUCUGCCUCAGAUGCCAAGGAAGUCACUUCGAGUGUCUCGAAGCUGUCACUUGAUACAAAUAACGCCAAAAAAUCAGCCAAGCCGAAGCCCAAGAAGGAGCCGGUCGCCGACUCGUGGGAGGACGAGGACGUCUCGUCUGACACCGAAACCGAGACGGAGAAGGAUGACAACCCAACUCCCUCUGAAGGAGACCCGCACGGAACAUCCGCCCCUCCACCGACACCCGUCACCCCAAGCUACGGCCAGGGGACAUUUUCCUCCUCGGACUCGCCGGGAGGCUACCAUAUAUCGACAGGCUCGUCCGGCCCUCCCGCAGCCCGGCCUGAAAAGACAGAUGCCGUUGCGAGGAGAAUGAUAGCCGGCGCAUUGGGCAUGCGGGCGCCCAAGCUGACGGAAGAGCAGAAGAACUAUGACAAGGCCGUACGCGAGAAGGAGCGUAAGCGUAGGGAGGAAGAGAAGGCCGCCCAAAAGCGGAGGGAAGAGGAGGCUACCAAGGCAAAGGCAGCAAUGUGGGAUGAUUGA